UGCAACAGACCCCGCGAUUCUCACAUGCACACACAAACUCACAGUCACACAGCCUAGACGUGCGAGCGCACACACACACACACAAUGUGCAACACCUCUCUCCCUCUCGCUCUCUUUCUCCCUUCUCUCUUGCGUUCAGUCACACACACAGCGGCAGAAAGAGAGUAGGCAGCGCAACGAGCAGGAGACACCAUUUGAAAUAAAGAUGCAGGCAUUCUCAUUCGAUUUUCUGUUGUGGAAUGAGAAGACCUGUUUCUAAGAGAUAUUUUUUCUUCAUUCCAGGACCUAACCGAAGCUGUCACGGAAAGGAAUUGGAUACCACCCGUUGGCAGUUCAGAAACAACCGGCGACGCUGGAGAAAACUAAUUCACCGGGUCUAAAAUUCCUUUGCAAUAAGAGCAAACAGUGAACAUGUCCGGUGGGAUCUAAUAACAACGCAGGAAUGCAACCACGUUGAUUUCGUUGCGCUGUCUGAAAUGCCUCUCGGUCACCUUCGGAAUUAACGGACGACUUGCGCGCGUGCCUUUGACGGAUAGGCUUUUAAGCCGCCUCAUUAUAAACACGGUGGUCUACAGUAUUAAAACUGGCAUCACAAGGAAGAACAACUGCUCCCUCUUGAAUCUACAAGCAGAACAGAUCAAUGAAGAAUGCGGGAGCGUUUCGGAGUGCUGUCCACCCGGAGUUAAUGAAGUCGGCGACGAUAUCAUGCGUCUUCUGCCCGACCCCAGCGUGCAGUCAUUGCGGCUCAUAUUCCUACUGAUAUUCGUUAUGGGGGUAGCACCGUCCCCGGCCCUGACCGCCGGGUGCCCUGACCGCUGCGUGUGCGACGACCAGCUUGUGGUCCAGUGUGCGGGGCAGGAACUAACGCAGUUCCCCUCAGAUCUCCCACUCGCUACCCGACAACUUAUUAUCUCCAAUAACAAAAUCGGGGACCUCCCGGCUCUGCAGCUCAACUACCUGUCCGACCUCGUGUACCUGGACUGCAGCAACAACUCCCUCACCGAGAUAUCGGAAUCUACGUUUGGCAACCUGCGCAAACUUGCCUAUUUGGACUUGUCCUUCAACACUUUGACUCAGAUCGAGGACCGGACGUUCGGGCCUUUGGCCAGUCUCGUCAUGCUCAGAAUGACGGACAACCCAGGACUCUCGGAGAUCCAUCCGGAUGCUUUCGCUGAAAACUCGGCUUUGCAAGUGCUGGAUGUCAGCCGCAACAACCUGACCGCACUGAACAUAAGUUCGCUUAUCGCAUUGCCUGCCCUCCGUUCCCUUGGCCUGAGCGGGAACCCCUGGCGCUGCGACUGCGACACAGAGGACCUCUGUCUCUGGAUCCAGAUCGAGGGAUUCAAGUUUCAAGCCUUCCCCCCGUUGGUGCUCAAAAAGACAUCUGUGGAAACGAGCUCACAGACUGACUGUGUAACUGCUCCAGAGCUCAUCUUGCUUUUUCGGACGCCAGAUCUGCCAUUUGCAUGCAGGCCAAGGCAGACGCUGGCUUCGGGACAGAUGCGAAGUGGAUUGGGACCACAUCUGUUCCGGAGUCAGUUGUUGUUGGGGGCGACUCGCUCAUCCCCCUAGCUGCCACUGACCCUCCCAUUUGGUGCGUGAGUCACAUCCCAUCAGCUGCUGCAGAAAUGUCUUUUCAGUCUCAUCAGCCAUUAAGUCUAGGUUAAUGAAGCGUGGUGCAUCGGACAUAGGACUUCAUCAAUGUUUUACGUGGCUGACAUGUGAUCUGUGGUGUAUAAGUUAUUAAAGCAGGGUAUGUAAGGGAUCUUGUCCUUGCAGG